ACGUGUGAAAAGUGAGUGGCUCAUGUUUUGUGAAAUCUUUACCCUUUAAAUAUGUCGUCUUUUCACAAAAAUGCAGAUGAAAUCCGUAUUGGGAAGAUCGAUGACUGCGAUUCAGAUAUUCGCAAAACUGGGCAAGAGAUGGAUGUGAUCCGACAGAGAACUAUUGCAUAUGAAUACUUAUGUAGAUUGGAAGAAGCCAAAACCUGGAUGGAAACAUGUUUGAAAGAAAGAUUACCACAUGCUACUGAUUUUGAAGAAAGCUUGCGCAAUGGAGUUUAUUUGGCUAAGCUUGGGAAUUUCAUAGCACCUGAAGCACUUACAUUAAAUAAGAUUUAUGAUAUUGACCAAAGACGAUAUAAGAUUAUGGGUCUACAAUUUAAACACACAGACAAUAUAAAUAAUUUUUUACAAAUAUUAAGAAAAACUGAGUUACCUCUGACUUUUCAACCUGAAACUACUGAUAUUUAUGACAAGAAGAACAUGCCUCGAGUAAUUUAUUGUUUACAUGCUCUAAGUUCACAUUUGUUUAAAAUUGGUAAAGCACCUUUAAUUCAUGAUGUGUUUGGGACAGCAGUCUUCACAGAUGAAGAACUUGAUACAGUUUCUAAAGAUUUACAGAAAUGUGAACAUGCACUCCCUAUGUUUAAGAAAAUAGGUGGUAUAUUAUCAAAAAAUGCAGAUGAUAAUGGCAGUACUCAUAAAGCAAUUUUGUCAUUAAAUAGAGCUUUAGACACAGAAAAAUCAAUUACAUCUGCCAUACUGAAUCCUCAACUUAAAUUACAAUAUGUUCAAAAUAGGCUCAUAAAUGAAUAUAAAAAUGUUUUACAGGCAGCCAAACGUGAUAAAGUACAGACUGCACUUAAUCAUUCCCUUAGUGAUAGUUAUGUUCCUGAUGAGUAUGAUGAAUUACUAACACAGUUUGAAAUUCAGGGUUAUAUUACUGCUGUUAAUUAUAAAUUUCUAUGGAAGGCUUUAUGUUCUGCAUGCCAAAAUGAUGAUGUGAAUAGUUUACAUAAGAUAUUUAAUGAAGACUGGGUAAAGUUAAAGAACUAUGUUUCUAACAACAUAGACUUUUAUUGUGAUGUGGUCAAAGAAAUCAUGGAAUGCAGCAAGGAUGUUGAUGUAGAAAGUGUUACAAAUUGGAAUAUGAUAUUUCAAAAUAUUGUAAAUGAGGGUAAUAAAAAAUCAAGUGAGCAUAUAGACCAUAAAGAUGCUAUUACUCAAGUAAAUCAUGCAUUAGACAGUGGAAAUUCAAAUGAUUUAUAUUUAGCAUUAAUCAAUGCAAACUUAGGGUUACAUUUAAAAAUUGAAAAAUAUGCAUCGCCACUAUUGUUUGAAGAAAUGAAAUUGGAAAAAUAUGAGAUGGAGAGAAAUUUGAAUGAAAAUGAAAUAGCAGCAUCUGUGUCUUACUUAACAUCUAUAGCUGCUAUAUCUCAAGCUGUAGAUAGAGGAGAUGAAGAAGCUGUGUGGAAUUCACUUAUUUCUAAACAAAUCCAUUUGGAAGGUCUUCGAUCACAUUGUAGGCGUCGCUACUUUUCAGCUUUGGUGAAUGCACUCCAAGUAAAAAUCAGAGAAAACUGCGCAUGUCCUCUUCUUACAUUAGAAGAUAUUUGUGACACCAUUGAAAUGGUUAACAUGAAGGAUGAUGAUGAUGAGGAAUUGGUGGCUGUAAUAGAUAGUAUAAAUAAAGCAGUUUUUGAAGAAGAUUCUGAAAAACUGAUGUCACUGUUGAAAUCAUCAUGUAUAAAAUAUUCAUCGCCUCUACAUAAAGAUGAACAAAAUUUAUACAUGCGGUUGCUAAAAAAGAAAUUAGUACACCGAGAAUCACAAAAUCUGUGGUUAGAUGACAUUGUUGAUACUAUUAAUGAAGUCAAUACUGAGUCAAUAAGAGUAAAGGAGCUGACUGAUGCUUUAGUACGGCUGAACCUUGCAGUUAUUAAAAAUGAUACUGUUGAAUUUUGGAAUGCUCUUUCAUGCCCUCUACUCUCUGGUUCAGUAAUGUUAGAACAUUCAUGCAUAGAUAUCUACUUCCAAAUGUUUUCCAAAACACUAAAAAAGAGAGGACAUCACAUUUGUCCCUGGGUUGUCUGCCACACUGAAGCUGGAAAUACAGUUUAUAUUGAUGUGGAGUCAUACACAUAUAAUUGGAAUACUCCUAAAGAUUUUGUUCCUUAUGCGCGUUAUUUAUCUAGAAAAGAUAUCAGUAUUCUUAUAGAAAAAACAAAUAAACACCAUGUCAAUAAAUAUAAACAAUUGAUUAUAGAAAAUUCUAUUCUGAAAAUACAAGCGGCUUGUAGAGGAUAUUUGUUUAGAUUGAAAUUGAAACAAAGGCUUCAGUACUUCAGAGACAAUGUUAAGUAUAUUGUUAAGAUUCAAGCAUGGUGGAAGCAAGUGUUGAUUCAGAGAAAGUAUGGGACAGUGAUAAAAAUUAAAACUAUAGAGGCCAAAUUGAAACGUGAGAGGAAACAAAAUCCAUGGGCAUGGUAUAAAAUUCAGGAACAAAAAAUAAUAAAAAUUCAAGCUUUAUGGCGUGGUAGACGAGCUCGUGAAGCCUUUACUUCUUUAUUUCAUUCAACUAAUCCGCCUCUCAAAGCAAUAAAAAAGUUCAUGCCGUUAUUAGCUUUCUCUACAGAAGAUUAUGAUCGAGAAAUAGAAUUACAGACAUCGAAAUCUGAAGUAGUCCAGUCAAUAAGGAAAAAUCAAGAAUUGUCUAAACAAAUAGAUGAUAUGGAUUUAAAAAUUGGUCUUCUAGUGCAAAAUCGAAUCGCUUUGCAAGAAGUAGCUGCUCAUGGGUUGAAAUUAAAUAAUUUGGUUAAACACAAUUCCAUGACGAAAUUAGUUUUCCAAAAUCGUCACGACAGCAAGGGAUCAUUUAUGACUGUUACUACAGCGGUAAAAGGACUAAAAUCAUUGACUAAAGAAAGUAAAAAAUUAUUGGAUGGAUAUCAACAUUUGUUUUAUGAGCUACAAACGAACCCAACAUAUCUUUCAAAGCUUCUUUUUUGUAUACCCCAAAACAAAACUAACUUCUUUCUACAGAAUGUGGUUUUAAGCCUUUAUAAUUUUGGUGCAUAUGACAGAGAUGAGUAUCUUUUAUUAAAAUUAUUCAGAUUUACACUAGAAGAAGAAAUAAGAUGUAAAGUUGUUAAACCUUUUGAUGUUAUUGCAUCCACACCUUUAGUGUUAAAGAUGGCAGUUAGCUUGUCUAGGCAACUCUCUGGUUUAAACAAUUUGCAAACUAUCAUCGGCCCACUUGUGGAAAAAAUGUUGAAUGAUAGAGAUUUAAACAUUGAGACUGGUCCAGUUGAAAUUUAUAAGGCUUGGAGAAAUGAAACAGAAAUGAAAACGGGUAAAAUUUCAAAGUUACCAUAUACAGUCACUCAAGAGGAAGCGUUAAAUUAUCCAGAAGUGAAACUUCGUUUAGAAAAAGCAUUCCGUCAGUUGAAGUCAAUUGUGUCUAUGUUUUUGGACAAAAUUUUAGAAUCUACAGAUAUUUUUCCCUUUUGCAUUACAUAUAUGGCGCGAGUACUACACAGAACACUAAUCUCAAAAUUCCCUCAUACACCUGAAAAAGAUAUUCUAAAGGUUAUUGGUAAUUUAGUUUAUUAUCAAUUUUUAAAUGCUGCUAUUGUAGCUCCUGAUGCUUUUCACGUAAUCAACUUGCCGAGAGGAGCAGCGCUCACAACAGACCAACGAAAGAAUUUAGCAUCUGUUGCAAAAAUUUUGCAUUUCUCUGCAGCGAAAAAAGGCUUUGGCGAGGAGUCGAGUCAUCUACGAUAUUUAAAUCCAUUUAUAAUAGAGUGCCACGAAAAAAUGAAGGAGUUGUUCCGGAAAUGUUGUCGUGGACCCACUCUUGAGGAAUACUUCGCUGUCGACGAGUAUACAGAAGCGACUUUGUUACAUCACCCUCAUAUUUAUAUUACUGUCCAGGAGAUAGUAGACACCCAUGCUCUUGUGGUUGAGUAUUUGGAUAUUAUUGCGCCGAAUCCCAACGACCGACUCAAUGAACUAUUAGAUGAUUUAGGAGAGGUGCCCAGCGUAGCUCAGCUUGCGUCACGCGAUGUAGACACACAAAUCGGAGAAACAGCUGAAGAAAAUGCUAGACUAGAAGUGUGUUUAGCUUUGGUGAAUAAAUUUCAAGCACCCUCGAAUGAUAUGACUGACCUAAAUAAGCUGUUUGUUAAAACCAAAGAGUUAUGUGUCGCUAUUGUACCUUUUCUGAAUGGUGAUCAUCUGUUAGAAGCACUAUGUAUUGGAACUACUAGAGAACAGCAGGAACAAUAUGCUGAACAAGUUCAGAGACGCAUUUAUUCUGGCCAAGCCAAAGCGGAUGAAGUGAUGUCGUUACGGGAACAUAUUGCAAAACUCCGUCGUAACCUUCAGUUAUUAGAAGACGAUGGAUAUGUUACCAGGGAAGAUGGCUACCAAGCUUUAAUAACGUCUAUCGCUCUUGACUUGUGUAAUAAGGGUAAAUACAGGCAAGCACAAAGAAAAGCUUUGGCCACUCUUACUCGUACAAAACAGAGUUUACAAGAGAAAACAAAAUAUUAUGAAGAAAAGUGUCAGUCAUAUGAUCAGUACAUUAAAUCCUGUCUCGCAAAUCUUCAUGCCGGCAAAAGAAGCGUCCAUGCUUGUCUAAGACGAUCGGGGAAAGAUACACAGAAAGUGAAAUCUAAGUUAACUGUGAAAUACUCUGGUAUGAAACUAAUGGAAAGGGGUGUGUUAUUGGAAAUAGAUGGACUUUCUCAAUCACAGUUCAAGAAUGUACAAUUUGAAAUCACACCAACAGAUCACAAUGGUGUAUUUACAAUCAAAGGAAAAUUUAUGGGAGUGGAAAUGGAAUCUCUUGAAAUAGAUAUUCAGGACUUAUUGCAGAAACAAUAUGAGGGCUGUGCCAUAAUGGACAUGUUCGGAAAAGCAAAAAUAAAUGUUAAUUUACUUAUAUUCUUAUUGAAUAGUAAAUUCUAUGGUAAAUCAUAGCAUAUAUAUUAACAAUAGGAAUUUUGAUACUUACAGUUUUUACCAUUACACUUUUCCGCCUAGCGAGGCAGGCCUCGUAUUACGGGAUUUCUCAAAAAAAUUAUCUUGUUCAAUGAAAUAUUUAACACAAAUUGUAAAACUGACUAUUGUAAAGUUCUCUACGAAUGACACGAUUUGGGUAAUGUUAACAAACUGUCUGGAUAAUCAAUAUGGUCUCUGCCAAUUGACACAUUAGCUUAAGGAACAUGUCCUAAAUGCAAUUUCUAUAUUUUAAAUCAUCACUUGUAUUACUACUGUACUGUAAGACUGUUUAUGAAUUACUUGAUGUGGCAUUCAAACUAUACUCCUUUAACUGUAUUUUUUAGUUUGACUGUAUUUUCCACACUUAUCUUCUUAUUGAUCACAUUGUUUUUUCGUAAGCCUAUUAAAUACCAUAAUGUCAGGAUUCCAGUUCCAAUGGAUUACCAGGACUAAUGUCGUUAAUUAUGCGAAGACAGAUACAUCCCACCAAUUAUGUCCUAAAUCAUGUUCUUUAUAAAACAAAUGUUCUAGAUCAAUUUGAGAUUUGUAGUAAUAAAAUUGCCUAUUUAAAUGUAUGUCCAGUCAAAUUGAAUUUUGGCAUUGAAUACCAAAUUUUUCUACUUUUCAAUGAAGUAUUAUGUUAUACCAAAUAAUUGCUUUAUAAAUAUACAUAGAAUGGACUUGUACUUUUAACGACUUUAAUAUUUAAAUAUUUUUUUAGUUAUAUAUUUUUAAGUUUAAUGUUAGUAAUAGUUCAUAAUGCACUAACACUUUACCAACUCUGAUGACUUAUUUAAAUGUAUAACAAUUUAUAAAU